AUGAAUACAUCCGGCACAACGCUUUUUGAAAAUUUUACAACGGAAAACGUAACAUUUAGAAAUAAUCUCUCUUCGUCAAUAGCUAAUAGAACUACACUGUCGACUACUACUACUACAUCGGACAUUUCGCCACCAAUUGAUGACAUUCUCAGUGUAUACUGGGAAUACAACACGGCGUACAAUCUUGGUCUCUAUGGGUUCCCAGUAUUAAUAAUUCUAGGAACGAUUGGUAAUAUUUUAUCACUUGUAGUCAUGCUUAGAGAAAAUAUGCGACGACGAACAACUUGCUUUUAUAUGUCAAUGGUGGCCAUUUUUGAUACACUUGUGUUAAAUUUUUCUUGCCUGUUGCAGUGGCUGGAAUAUAUUCAAGGGCAAGAUGUCAUUUGGUUAAGAAGUAGUGCCGCGUGCAAAAUUAGUUUUUUCUUCUCUUACACAUUUUUUCAUACAUCAGUCUGGCUCUUGGUAAUAACGACUGUUGAAAGGUUCCUGGUGGUUCUGUUUCCUUUACAAGCGUUCAAAAUAACAUCAAUCGCACGUGCUAGAAUAACUGUUCUAGCACUUAUCGUAGUUACGAUAGUGGUAAACUCACAUUUUUUCUGGACCCUUUAUCUUAAUGAAAUAAAGCUUUGCACUUAUUUGGAAGUCUUUGAACACUUCCAUAAAAAUAUUUGGCCAUGGAUAGAUAUUACUGUCUACUUAUUUUUGCCUUUCUUGUUGUUGCUGAUAUUCAACGUGCUUAUCAUAAUUAUCCAUCGGAGAUCCAUAAAGCGAAGGGCGAAACUACAGAUUGGCAAGCCGAGAACCAGAAGCUCAAAUCAAGGGAGGCAACUUCAACUUACUGCUACGCUUUUGAUGGUGACCUUCACCUUUCUAUUUCUCUCUACACCAUCCGUUAUUUUGAUUGGUAUCAAACAAUAUUUUGAAGUUGUCGACUUACGAGACACUGCAAUAUAUCAACUUUUGUCUACAGUUACAAUGUUUUGUUUAUACGUUAGCCAUGCUGUAAACUGUCUGCUUUAUUGUAUCGGUGGACAGAUGUUUAGGAGUGAGCUAUGGAAAAUCUUAACAUGUAAAUGUGUUCUUGCACGUGCAGGAUCAUCCGUACUCUCGGAUUUCACAAUGCGAACGACCAGACUCAGUGAGCCUUCAGUACCUGGAAGUCCUGGUCUAGCCAGAAGAGAAACAGAAAAUUAUUUUUGAAAGAAAUCUACGUAAGUCUAAGGCAUCAUCUCUAAAAGAAAGUACAUCUAAUGAAAAGGGGAUUGAUCACCGAAUACGUAGUACAUAAGCAAAGUAAGGUAUACAAAAACACAUGCACAGUCCGGUUUCGGUAGACUAUGAAAAGCACGAGCUAACUUUAGUUAUAUACUAAAAUAUGGGGCGAGAAUCUUUACCUGUGAAUAUUUUUUCAUCGGCCAACUAGGAGGAAAAUACAUCAAAAUCAAGAUGGUCGCCAAUAUGGCCGUCGGAAACGUGUUAACACUUAAAUGUUCAAUAAAAGUGUAGAUGUUGUGUUAAGUUUGAAUAUUUUACUUUUACCUACAUAAAUGUAAAUACAGGAAUCAAAGUCAUAAGAGGCAUUUCUAUAAAUACAAGUCUACUAACUUGCUCAUUCAUCCAUCCAUACAAUCACGCACAAAUUCAUUAUUCACUCACU